AUGUUCGCGCUGUCGUCCUUCGCCGGCAAGGCCAUGGUGGCCGCGCCCGCGGCCGCGAAGCGGACGAACAAGUCCGUCCGCGUGCAGGCCGCCGACCGCCCCAUGUGGCUCGUCGGCGCCGAGGCCCCCGCCCACCUCGACGGCUCCAUGCCGGGCGACUUCGGGUUCGACCCCCUGAACCUCGGCGCGGACGCCAAGGCACUGCGGUGGUACCGGGAGGCCGAGCUGCAGCACGCGCGGUGGGCGAUGGCGGCCGUCGCGGGCAUCCUCGUCCAGGAGAUCGCGGUGCCGGACAUCUCGUUCUACGACGCCCCGACCAAGAUCGACCUGCCGAUGGAUGUGCGCACGCUGGCGGGCAUCCAGUUCCUGCUCAUGCACUACGUCGAGAUCCGCCGCUGGAUGGACUUCCGCAACCCGGGCUCCGUGGACAAGGACCCGAUCUUCGGCGCCACGCUCCCGCCGCACGAGGUCGGGUACCCCGGCGGCAUCUUUGCGCCCGUCGUGCCGGGCGACCUGAACGAGCUCAAGGUGAAGGAGAUCAAGAACGGGCGCCUCGCGAUGCUCGCGCUCGUCGGGUUCUUCGCGCAGUACCAGGCGCAGGGCAUGGGCCCGCUCGGGUGCCUCGGGAAGCACCUCUCGGACCCCAACGCUUUCAACGUCUUCACCAAUGGCUCCUCGGUGCCCUUCCUCGCGGGCCUGUGA